AUGGAGGCGCUGCGGGCGGCGGGGCGCGCCGUGCUGCGGAGCCCGCGCCUCGCCCGACACGGCCUGGGGCUCCGGCGGCGGCGCAAGCUUCCUGAGAGCUGGGCUGAUAUGCAGGAGCCGCUGCUUGAGGGGAUGUGCUUCACACUCAAGUAUCUAGGCAUGACGCUGGUAGAAAAACCCAAAGGAGAAGACAUGGCUGCUGCUGCCAUCCGCAGGAUUGUGGCUACGGCACGUGUGGGAGCUCGCAAGUCCCAGAAGGUGAUUCUGACAGUGUCUCCAAGGGGCAUCUCGCUGCAGGAUGCAGACACAAAGGAGAUGGUUGAGAACAUCUCCAUCUACAGGAUCUCCUACUGCACAACAGACAAGCUGCAGAACAAAGUCUUCGCUUAUGUUGCCCAGAGCCAGGAGAGCGGGGCACUGGAGUGCCAUGCCUUCCUCUCACCCAAGAAGAAGAUUGCCCAGGCUGUGACUCUGACCGUGGCCCAGGCCUUCCAGAUGGCACUGGACCUCUGGGAAGCAGCACAUGCAGGCUCUAGGCAGGAACAGGCCCUUCACCCUUCAUGUGUCUUGGAGAGCAGUGAGCCCGGCAGACCAAGUGAGCCAGCCCCCCGGGGAGCCCUCCCUUCAGACACCAGUUUGGGGAGGAGGAAGAGGAGGAGGAAGAUGAUAACAUCGGUGAAACCUUAUCUGGCAGGCCUUGCUUGGGGUAUGAUGGGUGCUCUGUUCUUUUCCAAAGCAGCAUGGAGGAGCUGGGGAGGGGAGCCCACAGCCCAGCAGAGUCAGCACUUCCUGUGCCCAGAGCGAGCUCUCCUACUGCACAGCUACUGUGCUACCGCUUGGGGCAACCCCCAGACAGCUGGAAGGGGCUGGGAGGGGUUGGAGGCCUCGCCACAGCUGGCCCCAGGACUGCUGGCCCCAAGACUCCCCUGGGCUAAGCCAAAUCUCUGCAACAACGGACCAGCCACUCAGGAUUCACCCUGUGCCUGCACCCGGGCCAGACAGUGCCUGUCCCUGCCCCCAGCACUGCCCACCAGGCACGGGGUCUGCUGGCACCACUGCCAUGCAGUGCACAGACUGCGACACCCGCUCCUUGUCCUGCUGUCUGCCUGCAUGAACCGCCUCAAACUGCAGCUGCUCCCUGCUCCCAGCUCGGGCUGGUGGACCGGUGCUGCUCGCUCUGCCCACUCCCAGUGCAUGCAGAGCCACCCCAAGUGCUCUGAGCCUGCAGGAUGCAGCCAGUGCACCUUGCACUGCACUGUGUCUCACCCGCCUUGCUUGUUUCUCCCGCCUUGCUCCUCGUGGUGGCAUUUGGGGACCAGCUGAGGCUGAGCAGCCCCCAGGAGAUGGUGGAGGACUUGCUCGGCAUGCGUGACCCUCAGGGAGCGAUAGCUCUUGGCCUGGAGGAGUAGGCCUCGAGGCCUUGCCCCCGCAGUUCAGCCCCACACCCUCUCACGAGUGAGAUGAGCUGGUUUUUAAAGGAAAGCUCUGCCUUUAUAGGGAAAUAAACUGAGG